AUGACUGCCUCGCAGUCCGAAAAGUCAAGUUAUUAUGGAGCCUCUCUCUACAAUGACGAUGAGGAGCGAGGCAAAAUGGACAAAGGACCCGAAAAUCAGCCUUUUCUCGAUAAGGGUGCCGCCGACUCGCAUGCCAAUCAGACCAGAACCGUGACGCUCUCGGUCCUCUUCUACAUGGUUGUUUCCAUAACUCUCUUGAUGGUGAACAAAGCUGUCCUCCUCGAAGUCGCGUUACCUGUUACGUUUCUUUGGGCGCAACUGUUGAUUGCUGUGGCUUUGUUACAUAUUGGAGGAGCUCUGGGAUGGUUUACAUUGCCCCGACUUGAGUGGACGGUCUGCCGGACGCUGUGGAGUCUCAUGGCGAUCAACGUUAUUGGGUUAACAGUGAAUACCUAUACCAUCCACUUCGGAGAUGCAAGCUUUUAUCAAGUUGCGCGCGGUCUUGUCCUUCCCUUCACGGUGAUCCUCUCCUGGAUUUACCUUGACAAGCCGUCAAGCAUGGUUCUCCUUGCUUGUGGUGUUGUAACUACCGGAUAUGCAGUCGGCACUCUGAUGGAAUCGGCUCAAGUGAACAUUCCGCUUAAAGCUGUUGCCUAUGGUACGAUAUCUUCGUUUACGACUGCCCUCCAUGCUAUCAUUAUCAAAACAAGUAUGGGCACCGUGAAGAACAACACAAUUGCGCUCGUCUACUACAACAAUGUGCUGUCAGCGAUGUGCAUGCCCAUUGUAAUGAUGCUCAAUGGAGAAAUGUGGGUUUGGCAUACCCACCUUCGUGAAGUUUCCAUUUCAAAUUAUGGUGGAAGAGAGAAAAUGCAAACGUUCAUCGCCGGAUGUCUGCUCACUGGUACACUUGGCUUUCUUCUUAAUGUGGCCAGUUUCUUCCAAAUCAAGAUCACCUCCCCCGUCACACAUGUCGUCUCAUCGGCCGCUCGCGGAGUUUUGCAGACUAUCUUGGCUGUGUGGAUUUUCAAUGAUACCGUCACAAUCGCUCGAGCCAGCUCGAUUCUCGUCAUCAUUUUUGGCUCGGGCCUAUAUACAUGGAUUAGACAUCAUGAGACGCUUGUACCAAAGGAUAGAAAUCAUGCCGACAAGCUCCAAUUAUGCAGCUCCAUUGAGUGUCCCCAUCCCUUUCAGGAGCCGACGUUGCUAAUACAAGCAUGUGAGGAGAAGGCCAAGGAUGAAACCCCUUCUGGUGACACUUUAGAGAUGGUGGCAGAGGCCGUCCAUCACCAGACGCCGGUUGAGGAGAUUCCCAACCAUGUUGGACACUGCGACCCGGCGCAACCCGAAGCCGCAAUUGCCGAACAGUCCACAACGCUUGCGUUUGACGAGGCCGACAUGCAAGCUCCAGCUUCUGUCAUUCUUUGUGACGAAACAACCUAUUCGAUUGCCCAAGAAGCAGAGUUUGAUUUAGAUCAAGUCCUUCUGUCUGGCGUAGAUCUCGAUCUACCACCCAUCCCUGAUGACCUGGGCACAACAUCGCACCAUGGAUGUGAAUUCGAUGUUUUGGGCCUCAUGGAAUGGGUCGGCAAUGAUAUCAAAGUUGACGACUCCGAAUCGGAUGAAUUGGAUAGAUUGUUUGCGUCUCUAGAUGAUACAGAUGUCAAAUGA